UAAAGGGAAACAGAAGUUUAUUUAACUAAAUCAGUAGGGGAGGAGAUCUUGGUACAGUCACAAGUUUUCCUUUGUUUUAAAAGGGAUAUAUCAGGCGGCUUUUGGAAGAUUGAUCAGUUUGUCUACUUUCCUGCUGGUCAGGAUGGCAACCAAAGAGAAAGUGAAGAAAAAGAAGAAGGUCCAGUCCCCAGCAGUUAAAAGAAAGACAAAGGCAUCUCCUCUGCAUGUUCCUGUGGUCAAUGAUUCUAGGGAUGAGGAAGUAGAACCAGAAAUAUCUCAGGAGCAGGAUGUCCAGGGCUCCCAGGUGUCCGUCCGCUCAGCUGUUGAUGACAACAUAAAGGACAAUACUGUCCAGAAUGGUUCUGGAAGGCAACAAGCAAGUACAAAAAGCCCUAAAGCAAGUUCCUCAGACAGUAAAAAGCCAAAGAAGGAUCAUGUUGAGCAGAAGCUUGUGAAGGGUCGGGGGCAAAAGGAGUCCCUUAGUGACCCCCCACGGUCAAUGUCACCAGUGACUGCUGUCCAGGUGACCAAGAUGUCCACGCAGGGCAGCACUGUGUCCCUCCGCUCUAACCACUCUAGAGCAUCCAAAGAGGCCUGGGUAGAAAGAAGUGAAAAUGAAGUGAAAGUGGAGGUGGAAGAAGACAGUGCAGAGAAGCAUGCCUACAUUCCGUACCUGUACGCACGCAACUGCAUCGCCAAGAUCACAGAGGACAUGAAAGCUAUGAAGACAAACCACAUCAUCAUUGUGGAGAAUAUACAGGAACAUUACAGUGACAUCGAGACCGAGACUCAGGAGCAGUUCAACAUGUUUGUGCUGUGUAUACGCGAGGAAUACUCAAAGAAACGUAACACGUUCCGACAGGUGAUCGAUGCUCACCAGGUUGAGCUGGACAAGAAGGAAAAAUACUGGAAUGAAAUGCUUACGAGUCUGGCAGAGCGUAACAACCGUCUGUUGAAGGAGAAGAAGAUGCUGCUGGUCCACAGCAAGACAGAGAUAGAGAGGCUGGAGAGGGAAAAGGAGGAGCUUGUCCAGCAGUACGCAGAUGAAGGGGCUCACAGGGGAGCACUUGUAGCUGCUGUCCCCCAGGCAUGGGAGGAAGAGAGGAAGGUUCUUCAUGACCAGCUGGAAAGUGAAAAGGCUACAGUGGCUAGUCUGCGGUCUCAACUUGCAUCACAGGGGCCUGUUGCCAUGGCGCAGGUUACCUCCGGAGGCGGAGGCAUGUCCGAUGUGGCCAGGGUGGAGUCUAAGCAGAUGAGCGCUGCAGGGGCUGGCUUCUCAGGAGGGGCUCUCGCAGCAGCAGGGGCCAUGACAGCUGCUCGGGACAACAAGCAACAGAUGGAAAAGGAGAGACAGGAGAUUGAAGAUGAGCGAGCACAGUUUUCCGAGGAUCGGGCAAAGUUUGAGGAGGAAAGAGAGAUGUUUGCAGCAGAGCGAGCACAAUGGAUGGGUCAGAUAGCUCAACUGCAGACUGAACUGGGGGAGAAAAGUGUGAGUGGAAAUGAAUGGCAAGUAAAACAUGACAUCAUUGCGGGUCGACUGGCGGAGGUUGGAGACAUCCAGGCGAAGUACCUCCUUCUGGAGAGUCAGUACCAGGCGCUUGCCGCUAUUGUCAAGGACACUGACACUAGUUCCGCUACCAAGGCCCAGCUUGAGAAGAAUGGUGAAGAGAAGAAGAUGAUGGAGGGAGAGAAGGCAUCGCUGGACAAGGAGAUCACACAGUGGGAAAAGCAGUUUGAAAAGGCCAACAAGAGAAAACCAACUGACGAUGACAAGCCGGACAGUAUUCAGGAGAUGUACACAACCCGACAAGAAGUGGAGUACAUGGUUACCUCACUGGAGCAGAAGGAGAAGACCCUGCGACAGGUGGAGAGUGGCUCUGUGCCGGACGUGCCUGAUGUCACACACAAACCAGUAGAUACCAAAGAGCCAGAGGUCGUCACUGUACAGGUGAAAGUGCCCGACCCAAGCAUUGUUGAGGCCCUGGAAAAGAGCCAAGGGGACAUUAUUGAGGUCAGAGUGGAAGUCACCAAGCUACAGGAGCACAUAACUCUGCUGCGCACCGAGAUCAGUCAACAAAACACGCAGAUACAAACACAGAUGACACAUAUAGCAGAGCUGGAACACCAGAUUGCUUCGAUGCAGGCUGAGGGUGUGGUCGGUGGCGGAGUUAUGGUUGGGGGUACCAGCGUCUCUCAGGAGGAGCUCGAAAAGCUGAAGGAGGAGAACCGGAACUUGCGCCGUGACAUGAAGAAGAUCCUGAAGCAGUACGAGAGGCUUGCUCAGAGCCAGGCAGACAAGGGGGUACCAGCAAGUGUGGCCGAUGAUGACACCAUAGCAACCCUGGACAACAAGAUUGCUGAUCUGGAGGCUGAAAACGAGGCUCUGAAAGAUGAACGCCUCAUUCUGCGGGAGAAGGUCAAGACCAUCACAGAGACAAUUACAGUGACACACUUUGAGGACAACAAGAAGGCUGUGGAGGAGAAAGACAAGAGAAUCAAUGAUCUUUUAAAAGAGUUGACAAAGCUGCGUGAGAUGAAUGUGUCCAUGGCGAAGGACAUGAAGAAGAUGGUGAAGUCCCACAUGAAGACAAAGAUACGCAUGGACGAACUCAUCAAUGCAGAAAAGGCUGCCAAGCUCCUGGAAAAGGUUGCCAUGCAGGUGCAUGACAUCCACAGUGAGGUUCCACCAGCGGCAGUGAUGGUGAAUGACCGGUUGGAGGAUUCACUGACCAGAGUGACCAGCACCAAACUCAUACUGGACAACAAGCAGGCUGCCUACCAGGCUUGGCUGGACACAUAUCAGAAGAAACAUGGCAAGGCGCCUGGCAAGGGUGACAGAACUGUUACUUGGAGGCCAUAUACAAUUGAAGAAAGUGUUGUAAUGAGAUUGUAUCUUGGGGACGCAUUGGGUGAGGAUAUACACGAUGACUGGGAGCAGGCUAAACAUGACUACAAGGAGGCCCACCUGCUCAUGUCCGCGCUACAGAUCAUGAAGUCCGGGGAUGUGUCCGAGGCCGUGGGGCAGGACGACACAGAGUCAAAAGCUGAAAUUGAGAUAGUUAAUCUGGAGAAGGCACUAGCUUCCGCAGACAAUCGACUGCUUGACCUUGAGGCAUCAAACAAGAAUGUGAUCAAUGAGCGUGACCGCUACAAGGAGAAGGUUGAAGAGCUGGAGAAGAUGCUGGAGGAUGCUGGGAAACAGAUAGACUUCAAUGCCACUCUGCUUGCUGACUCACAGAGCACUGCUGAGUUGACAGAGCAACUUGGAGAGCUCCGGAAGAAAUCAGACAAUUUUGAGGCGGAGCUAAUGCAGGAGCGCAUGUCGCACGUGAGCACGAGGGAUGAGUUGGAGACGCUCAGGAAACAGAUGGAUUCACUCAAGGAGGAGAUGGCCAAUGAGAAACAAGGACUGGAUGCCAAACUGGAGGCAUCCAGGAGUGAGAUGCAGGCACACAUCACACUUAAAGAGGAGGAGCUGAGUGCAAAGAAAGCUAGAAUUGAGCAGCUGGAGUCCGAGAAACUCUCCAAGCUGCCUCCAGACACGGCCGCAGAGAUGAAGGCACUGCAGGACAAACUGCGAGAACUAGAGCAGGAUUCGAGCAGUUCCAAGUCGUCAACGGCUACCCAGAAUGCCAAGAUGGCCGAGCUGGCUGCGGCCCUUGAGGUUGCCACAAAGAAUCUGGAAACCAUUCGUGCUCACAACAGGGAACUGGAGGUGAAGGUCAAGGCUGGACGCCAUGAGAAGGACAAGGAGUCUAAGCGUGUUUCCCGCCACAUGGAAGAGAAACAGCAGAAGGCCUCAACUGAGGACAAACAGCGCAUACAGCUCCUCGUGAAGCGUGUUAAGGAGCUUGAGAACCAGCUCGGGAAGGGAGUGGCUGUAGCUCCUGUUGCCGCAGCAGGUGGUGUAGGGGCAGACAAGGGUGAUGUGCUCAAGCUACGUCGGGAGAUCAAGGACCAGGCUGCUGAAAUCAAGCGUCUUGAGAAAGAAGUGCGACUGGCAGGGCCAGGUGGGGGUGGGGGUUCCGCCAAGGAUCAGGUCGCAGAGAAACACAAAACUGCGAAGCAAGAAAAGGUAUUGAAAGAGAUGGAGAAGCGAAUGGACAUGGAGAAAGAAAGGACUGCCCAGAUGAUGGCCGGACUCCAGGCUGCCGACGCUGAGAACAGUGUUCUCAAAAAGGAACUUGAGGCCAAGGAGAAGAAUGUAGCUAAGCUGACAGCAGAGUUGAAGACAAUUGGUAUGGCUGCUAAAGAAGGAAUAGAGGCUGCUGCCAAGGUCAAGGAUCUGCAGCACGAGAACAAGAAACUGGGUGACGAGAAUGUUGUGCUAACCAAGAACUUUGAGAGCGAGAGGGUGUUGCGCAAGAAGUACUACAACAUGGUAGAGGAUAUGAAGGGGAAGAUCCGUGUCUACUGCAGGGCCAGGCCUAUGAGCAAGACAGAACUUGACAGGGGUAACAAGAGUGUUUUGAGCACUGCUGAUGAGUACAGUAUUGCGGUGAAUGCUAGCCGAGGUCUGAAGGAGUUCCAGUAUGAUCAGAUAUUCAUGGAAGACUCAACACAGGAGAAGAUCUUCGAGGAUUCUAAUAACCUGAUUCAGUCAGCCAUGGACGGUUACAAUGUAUGCAUUUUCGCAUACGGACAGACAGGGUCGGGGAAGACAUUCACCAUGAUAGGAGACAGGGACCAGAAAUAUCCAGGCGUUGCUCCUCGUGCCUUCAACAGGAUCUUCGAUCUUGGUGAUGAAAUGAAGAGCAAGUUUACCCUGCAUGUGGAGACGUACAUGAUGGAGUUGUACAAUGACAAACUCAUUGACCUGUUUGCCCGCCCUGCUACCUCUGAAGAUAAAACGCGGAAUUGGAUGGACCUGAUGGAUGAGAAGUUGGAGAUCAAGAAGGACAAGAAGGGGAUGGUUUUUGUGCAGGGGGCUGUUGUGAAGAAUGCACGCAAUGCCAAGGAGCUUUUUGCCCUGUUUGAGGAGGGAUCCGCAAACAGACACGUCGCCUCAACCAAGAUGAAUGCUGAGAGCUCUCGAUCCCAUCUCAUCAUUGGUAUCAUCCUGACGUCCACCAACAAGAACACUGGAAAUGUCACCAAGGGCAAGCUGAGUCUGGUGGACUUGGCGGGCAGUGAGAGAGUGGCUAAGACCCAGGCUGGUGCUGAACAGCUUAAGGAGGCCAUGUCCAUCAACAAGUCCCUGUCUGCUCUCGGUGAUGUGAUAUCGGCCCUGAGCAGCGACCAGCAGUUUAUCCCGUACAGGAACAACAAGCUCACUAUGCUCAUGCAGGACUCACUCGGAGGGAACGCCAAGACGCUCAUGUUUGUCAACAUCUCCCCUGCCGACUACAACAUGGAGGAGACUGUUAUUUCACUCACGUAUGCUUCAAGAGUGAAAUUGAUCACCAAUGAUGCUUCCAAGAAUGCAGACAACAAGGAGAUAGCAAAACUGAAGGCGAUUAUAUCAAAGAUGAAGAAGGGUGAGACUUUAGAUGUGGAUUUGGAGGAGCUGUAGAAGGAGGGAGGCCCUGUCCCAGUCCCUGGUUUUCUGAGGACCUGCAUUAAUUUUUGAAGCGCAUAGUACCAGGAAGGUAGUAUGACCAACAUGGGGUGAAAUAGUGGACAAAACAGACAACCAAGUCCAAAAUGACUGAAAAUCAUCAGCAGGGAGGCCCAGCAAGGUGGACCACCAAUAUGGGAUUGGAUCGGGACAUAUCAAAUGACCAAUGACUAAACUACUGCAAAUCAAACUAAUACAGCAUUACUUUGUCAAGGCACUAACUGUCUCAAUAAGCACUAUACGUGACUUUAGUCGUUUUUUAUUUGUUAUUAUAUCUUUCUUUUAAUUAGCAUAUCAAUUGUUGCUGUGCGAUUUUCUUUUGGUUUUUAAAUCAUGAUGAUAUUCAUUAAUCACCUUUCUUUUGCUUCUGUUUAAUCUGACAUAUUUUUCCAUGUAUCUGUGAUACUUGUGUUGUUUACCAUAUCAAAGUUUUAUAUUUUCCAAUGAUGGGCUUUACAGUUCCAUGUAAACAAUUAUCAUGUGCUUUCCAGGCCAUUUUAUAAUAAGAAAAUUUUGUUGUAUUUCACAUGUGUUUUUAUAAAUGAAUUAUUUGUAAGCAAUUGCAUACAUUUGAGAGAAAAAAUCCACAUAUACUUGCAUAGGUUAGAUUGCCUUAUGCCUCAAAACAGUUUAUUUAUGACUUUUAUACAGUAUGUAUUUUUAAACUAGUUUUGGCUGAAAUAAUAUUUUUUAUUAAUUGAGUAUUUCUUGCCACAAGUCACUUUAGAUGAUGCUCUGGUUUGCAUUUCAGUAACAAUAAAAUACCUGGAAAUUGAGGCUUCUUUCUGUCAUGAUAAAAUCGGUCUCAGUAACUUUUAAAUAUUGUUUUUCUAAGAAUGUUUUAAACAAAAAAUAGUGUAUAAUAUAAGGCAGGUCCAAUCUAUUUUGUGAUAUGUCUUUGUAUUAUGUUAUUUACAUUAGGGCUGGUCCUUCACAUUUUAUGUUACCUCAUAUAUACGGUAGAUUCUUUGAAGCUGUGAUAUGUACAGACUUUGUUUCAUUCUAACAUGGGACUAUGAUCAGAGGUACCCAACUGUUAUCACAAUGGCAUGAGUGUUUGUAGUUUGUCUUCUUCAUCACAGUUCCUACCUUUUUUAAUCAGUUUGUUGGUAAAAGCUUUCCAAGUAUCAGUGUUAAAGCUCAUUAUUAUAUUUUUGUAUUUUAAUAUAUUAUGAACUAUUAAAAGGCAUACACAUUAUUUCAAGUAUGGUUUUAGGGUUUUAGUAAGAGGACUCAAUAACCAGGUUAUUAAAAUUACUUUGAAAUUUGAGAUCAGUUAUAAAAUGUAAAUAUAACUAUAAGCUAAGAAGGUAAUAAUAAUAACAACCAGAUUUCAAUUGAUCAUUUAGAGAUUGGGAUUUAAAUAACGGGUUUAAAUGACAUCAAGAAUAUCUUUGACCUCAAGCAUUCUUCUAAUUCCCUUGGACCUGAAAAAUUCUACUAAUUCCCUUGGACCUGAAGCAUUCUUCUAAUUCCCUUGGACCUGAAGCAUUCUUCUAAUUCCCUUGGACCUGAAGCAUUCUUCUAAUUCCCUUGGACCUGAAGCAUUCUUCUAAUUCCCUUGGACCUGAAGCACUCUUCUAAUUCCCUUGGACCUGAAGCAUUCAUCUAAUUCCCUUGGACCUGAAGCAUUCUACUAAUUCCCUUGGACCUGAAGCAUUCUUCUAAUUCCCUUGGACCUCAAGCAUUCUUCUAAUUCCCUUGGACCUCAAGCAUUCUACUAAUUCCCUUGGACCUGAAGCAUUCUACUAAUUCCCUUGUAUAAGACUGCUGUUGAAACCAUGUUGUGUUUCACAGAACAUAGAACCAAUAUUUUUUUGGUUGAAUUUUUUGUCUAAAUCAAUAUAUGAGUGAUGGAAUUGUCAUCAACCUGACCUCAUUAUAAUUUUGAAAUAAAGUCUUGGUUCAUGUACGAGAAUGAUAACAAAAUGUAUGUUGCUUCUUUAUAAACACUACGUAUUAUAUCCGCUAUGUAGAACUUUUGUUUUGUAAUAAAACUAACAUCUUCAAAAAGAA